UCCGCGUCCUCUGGUUCUUCCCGUCGUGGCGGCGUCCUCGUCGACCUCUGUGCACUAUGUCCAGCGGCCUCCUGAAGGCGCUGCGCAGCGACUCCUAUGUGGAGCUGAGCCAGUACCGGGACCAGCACUUCCGGGGUGACAAUGAAGAACAAGAAAAAUUACUGAAGAAAAGCUGUACAUUGUAUGUUGGAAACCUUUCCUUUUAUACAACUGAAGAACAAAUCUAUGAACUCUUCAGCAAAAGUGGUGACAUAAAGAAAAUCAUUAUGGGCCUGGAUAAAAUGAAGAAAACAGCAUGUGGUUUCUGCUUUGUGGAGUACUACUCAAGAGCAGAUGCAGAAAAUGCCAUGCGGUACAUAAACGGAACUCGUCUGGAUGACCGGAUCAUUCGCACAGACUGGGAUGCAGGUUUUAAGGAGGGCAGGCAGUACGGCCGUGGACGGUCUGGAGGCCAGGUACGAGAUGAGUAUCGACAAGACUAUGAUGCUGGGAGAGGAGGCUAUGGAAAACUGGCCCAAAACCAGUGAGCAAAAACCAUCAUGAAAAACUCACUCCUUUGGCCUGCCAUUUUUACAAAUAUUUGAUCAAUGUCUCUACUGAGCCAGACACCACUUCAUGGCUUUCCUCUGAAAAUUAUUAAAGGACAGAAUCCAAAAGAAUGCCUUUAAUUCUAGUCUUAGAAUAUUGGGCAUGUGUAAGGUUACUGGAAUGAUUUUCUUACCAGGUCAAAAAUCGUGUUCCUUGGCAACGGAGUUUAUCUAUAAUGUUGAUUUAUCAGCCAAAACACCACACGUCUUUUAGGAAAAUUGGAAAAAGUUUACAAUUUUGUUUACCGUGUUUGUGUGUAAGCAGGUUCAUGGUCUACACAUUGGGGCCUGUAAUUAUCUAAAAAAUUUUUUAGUUGCCUUGAGAUAAAGUUUAAUAAAAGGAGUUUUGUUAUAGUCAUAUCUUUGCUCUAAAUUAGGAACAGACAACUGAGUUUUUCCCUAUGUUGAAUGCUAAUCUCUAAAGGCAAACUGAGGGAGUCAAAAGAACUUCCUAAAGAGUUGGUGCAAAAGUAAGCCUUAGACAGUCCCAGGGUGUACAACCUGCUCACAUGCUUUAGAUGUCAGGAAAUGAGGUACAGGACUUGAAGGGUAUUUACUAAGCAUAUUUUUUAAAAGGUGUGUUUUACCUAAAGCUAAAAAAAAGCCAGGGUUGGUUUGUAUUAUGAAGAACCUCAAAUACUCUAAGGGAAGUGGGGGACAUUGUCAGUAGGAAAUGGGAUGAAAUAUCAGAGGACACUUGUUAAAACAUUGUCUUGACAUGUUGAAGGUUGCUGUGAGGGCCAUCAGAUUUAUUGUUUUCGUUUUCAGAGUGAUCUUGGGACUAGAGUAGGUCUAAAAAAAGAGCUUGAAGAUUGAGAGACUGCCUAACGAAAAACAAUCAGAAAUGCUUUCCUCAGGAAAUAUGUUUUGGCCAAUUGUCAUGUUGAAGUCUGUCUGGUUUUUUUUUUUACUAAUUGUGCUUACUGAGUUUCAGAGCCUCGAUAGCAACAGUCUCCACAGAGAGGAAUCUAGAGUAUUUACUUGGCAUUUGUAAGGCAAGAGGUGAUUUCUCUCUAAUAGUAUGUUGAACUGUUGUUCUUUUUUAAUUUAUUGGGGUGACAUUGUUUAAUAGGAUCAUAGAGGUUUCAGGUGUAGAUUUCUAGGAUACAAGAUCUAUAUAUUGUAUUGUGUGCCCGCCUCCCAAAGUCAAAUCUUCUGUCACCAUAUAUUAAGUACCCUUCAUCCCCACCCACCCAUUCCCUUUGGCAACCACUACACUGCUAUUUGUGUCCAUGAGUUUCAGUUUUAUAUCCCACACAUGAGUGAAACCAUAUGGUUCUUAGCUUUUUCUGACUGGCUUAUUGCAUUUAGCAUAAUAUUCUCUAGAUCCAUCUGUGUUGUCACAAAUGGCAGUAUUUUUUUUUUUUAAUGGCUGAGUAGUAUUCCAUUGUGUGUAUGUACCACAUCUUCUUUAUCCAAUCCCCUAUCGCAGGACACUUUGGUUGUCUCUAUUAUUCAUUUAAAACUGCUAAUCUGGUAUAAUUUUUCCUGACAUAAGUGGCAUUUUUUCAUCUAGCAACAAAGUAUCUCCAAACUUCUUGUAGUUUGUGGGGCUGAAGUAUCUCAAAUGUGAACAUCUUUGACACUAGGUAAGUAUAGGUUUUCUCAUUACAUUGAAACCGGUUAUUUGAAUUUUUAUAAGAGCUAUAACUUCUUGUAAGUGCUUAAGAAAAAAACAUUUGCAGAUAUUUUAAUUUUAUGAGGACAUACUAUUGACUUUUUAAAUUUCUUUUUACACUAUAGUUUGAGUUUAAUGUAUUUUAUAUUCUUUUUUUAGUAAAACAUAACUCAGAUUUCUACAGACCUUAAAACCACAGUGGUUCUACAUGGAAUUGUGACUUCUGUAACAGAUUUCAAUAAAGUUGGACCAACUUA